AUGAUCAUGGAGCCCCAAGCCGCAUACGAGUUCACGCCCACACAGGACUGGUUUUCGUUCAACAAGACGAUCUGGGCCCCAUUUAUCGCAGAUUUACGCACCAAAGUUGCCCAUUCUCCUCGCGCUCUUGAAAUAGGCUCUUGGGAAGGACGCUCCGCAGUUUAUCUCCUCGAGACCCUUUGCAACAAAGCGCAUUCCGAGGUUGUUUGUGUUGACCAUUUCGAUUUGCACCGGUCAGCAGAGGGCAAAGAGCGAUACAGAAAGAUCAUGCAUAACCUUGCCAUCCCUGGAUUCCCGUUCCGAGUUGUUGACGAAUUCAGCACAGUGGGACUCUAUCGUCUGUUGGAAGAAGAGGUCGAAAAUCCCAAAGGCGGCUAUGAUUUUGUGUACAUCGAUGGGUCACAUGAGGCGGACGACACAUUCCUCGACGCUGAAUUGGCUUGGAGACUGGCCAGACAAGACGCGCUUGUCAUAUUCGAUGACUAUGAAUGGACUACUGAGCCGCAAGAAAGCAUGCACCACCCGAAGCGCGGAAUUGACGCAUUCCUGCUGCUUCAUGACGGCCAAUACGAGGUUCUUCAUCGGGGCUACCAAAUUAUAAUCCGGAAGACAGUCGAAAUGCGGAUUGGUUUCUUGACCAAGAAGAGCGACAUCGCAGACAUUCAUCAGAGUGCUCCAAUCAACGUUGUUUUUUGCACAGAUUCCAAAUAUGCGAUGCCCACCACUGUUGCCUUGGCCUCGCUAGUUCAGACAGCGACUUCGCAGCGGAUUUCGGCGUAUGUUGUAGACCUAGGGCUAGCGGAGAGAGACAAGGAGCGAAUCAAGAGUGUUCUUCCCGCCACCAAUCACGUCACACUCUCGUUCAUCACACUUCGCAGAGGCAGUAAAGGCCUUGGAGACGGUGCAUGGGCCAAGGUGGACGCGCUUUCCCAGCUUCCUGUCGAGCGGGCCCUGUUUCUUGACUCCGACAUUCUUGUUCGCGAGGAUAUUGCAGAGCUAUGGAAAGUGGAUUUGAAGGGCAAAACAUUGGCUGCUGCACGAGAUAUCGGUUUUCCGCUGGGCCACACAGAGGUCCCACACCAGGCGUAUUUCAAUGCCGGAGUGCUGCUCGUCGACAUGAACCGUAUGCGUUCGCAACUGGACCAUUUCCUUGACUACGUCGUCAAUAAACCGCCGACAGCAUACAAAGACCAAGACGCACUAAAUGUGUUCUUCCACCACGACUGGCUUGAGAUUCCGGUCGAGUGGAAUGCCACCGGACUUGGCACAUACGCAACCAAGAAGGAUGCGGAGCGUGUUGUUGUUUGGAAACACGAUGAACUGGACAAAUUGCACACUACGGCCAAAAUCGUCCACUUCUCUGGCCCCGUUCACCCGAGUAUGGCCAGCGUUCUCGACGAGUACAACCAGCCCUGGACGAGCAAGCCCUGGGGAUUCGCAGGAGCGCCAGGCCAUCCAUUUGUCAGCGAAUGGCGAAAGGUGUUGGAAACCACUGCAUGGAAGGAUUGGUUCGGGUCCGAAGAGCACCGGGAUGAGGUAGAUAGCGCAGAAAAAAGAGCUGUAGAGAAAGGACUCGAGGUUUUCAAGGCGAAAGUUACAAGAGAGAUGGCGUUACGAGUCUGA